UCCCCCCCCUUUCAUUUCCUGCCAGAUGUUGUGUUUACAUACAGCCCCUGUGCCAUGAUUUCUAGCCUGUAAGCUGAUCCCCUGCCUUUGGGGGUGUCUGCGGGGCGGGGAGCCGAGCGGAAAGCACGGGAAGACGGGAGCAGAGCUAGCGGUGAUCCAGGUCAGCUCCGGCCACACAAGUCAGGGGCUGCAGGCCAGGAGUCGACGGGCAGCACACAGCACCAUGGAGGCAUCCUGGCUGGUCCAUUUCCCGCUGCUCCUCUUUCUCCUGGCGUGGGCGCCCGUGACCGAUGGCCAAGCCAUCAAUGCUCAAGCUCAGCAGAAGUUGUGUGCAGACGACUCCUUUCCCCUGGACUGUGAGGAUGUCUACGACCAGGGAUCGGAGACGGACGGCGUCUAUCUGAUCUACCCGUCUGGCCCCAACAUCCCCGUGCCAGUCUACUGCGACAUGACCACGGACGACGGGAAGUGGACGGUGUUCCAGAAGCGCUUCAAUGGCUCGGUCAGCUUCUUCCGGGGCUGGAACGACUAUCGGUUCGGGUUCGGCAGGGCCGACAGCGAGUACUGGCUGGGCCUGCAGAACAUCCACCUGCUGACCCUGAAGCGGAAGUACGAGCUGCGGGUGGACCUGGAGGACUUUGAGAACAACACGGCCUGGGCCAAGUAUGCGGAUUUCUCCCUGUCACCCCACGCCAUCAGCGCCGAGGAGGAUGGCUACACCCUGCACGUGGGGGGCUUCACCGAUGGAGGGGCAGGCGACUCCUUGUCCUACCACACUGGGCAGAAGUUCUCCACCUUCGACCGCGACCAAGACCUGUACGUGCAGAACUGCGCCGCCCUCUCCUCCGGCGCCUGGUGGUUCAAAAGCUGCCACUUCUCCAACCUCAACGGCUUCUACCUGGGCGGGGCCCACCUCUCCUACGCCAACGGCCUCAACUGGGCCCAGUGGAAAGGCUUCUACUACUCGCUCCGCAAGAGCGAGAUGAAGAUCCGGCGCAUCUGAGCGGCGAGCGCCCCUCUCCUCCCCCCGGGAUCGGGGCCAGAGCUCGGGGGAGUUCGGGGGAAGGGAUCGGGGGGGGGGAGAAAAGGGGCAGGGGGGCAUCAAGAUAGAGCCCUGAGGAGCAGAGUCCUGUGGCUCAACGGGCUUUUAUUAUAUCGGACUGGGGACGUGAGUUUUAAUCCUGGCCUGGGUGACCUGGCGCCGCGAGACCGGGCCGGACUCAGGAUUCGGAGGAGGGGCAGCAGGGGGCUGCGGGUCGGGACUGAG